CGCCAGCGGCUGAGGCGUGAGCGGAGCCGAGCCCCGUCCCGUCGCGGCGGUGCCGCCCUCGCUCGGGGCAUGGGCGCGGAGCGCGGCGGGCGGCGCGGCGCGGAGCUGCCGCGGGGCGCUGAGCGCCCGUGGGGGCGGCCGCCGGGAGGCCCCAGGCCCGCGUCCUUCGCGAUGCUGAUGAAGAAGAAGAAGUUCAAAUUCCGCGUGGAGCUGGAGCUGGACGAGCUCUCCUCCGUGCCCUUCGUCAACGGCAUCCUCUUCUGCAAGGUGCGGCUGCUGGACGGCGGCAGCUUCAGCGGGGAGUCCUCCCGGGAGGUAGUACAGGCAAACUGUGUCCGCUGGAAGAAGAAGUUCCUAUUUAUGUGUAAAAUCAGUGCCAGUGCCACAACAGGAAUUCUGGAUACUUGCAUCUGCAGGGUGUCUGUACGGAAGGAGUUAAAAGGAGGAAAGGCAUAUGCAAAGCUGGGCUUUGCAGAUCUAAAUCUAGCAGAGUUUGCUGGAUCAGGAAAUACCACUCGUCGCUGUUUACUAGAAGGUUAUGAUACCAAAAAUACAAGACAGGAUAACUCCAUUCUCAAGGUUUUGAUCAACAUGCAGCUAAUGUCUGGAGACCCAUGUUUUAAAAUGCCUCCUUCCACAGCAAUGUCUAUAGCAAUUGCUGGAGAAUCAGAAUCUUUGCAUGAAGACAGGAAAGGCAGAGAAAACUUAAUAGUACAUCUGGGUAUAGCAGAUGUUUCAUCAAAGAGUGCCUCAGUCCCAGACGAACUUGGUGCAUGCGGACAUUCCAGAACAUCAAGCUAUGCAAGUCAGCAGUCAAAACUGUCAGCAGGCUAUAGCACAUCUCACUCUAGGUCAUCCAGUAUGUCUGAACUGUGCCACAGGAGAAACACCUCAGAGGGUAGUACCUCAACAGGAAUUGGAAGUAUUCCAGGGCCCUGUGAAGAGAUGGAUCCAAAAGUAACUGAAACCAACACUGAUACAUCUAUUAAAGAUGCAUCAUCAGAAAAACUUUGCAGACAUCCUGUAAAACAAGACUCCGUGGAGUCGCAGCUGAAGAGGGUUGAUGCUACCAGAGUUGAUGCUGAUGAUGUAGUCGAAAAAAUACUCCAGAGUCAAGACUUCAGUUUAGACUCAAGUGCAGAAGAGGAAGGCUUAAGAUUAUUUGUGGGCCCUGGUGGAAGCACUUCUUUUGGAAGCCAUCAUCUACCUAACAGAGGUGGAUCUGGAGCAUAUGAGCAGGUGGUGAUAAAACGCUAGACUAGAAUGACUUGAACAGAAGCGGAGAACGUGGAACUCUGGCAUUGACACUUUUCUUCAAGUUCACUCUCUUGCAAGAGCUGUGAAAGCCAAGAUGAACUCAGUGUGAACUUUUUUUGGAAAAGUAAUGGAAUGCCUCCUGCUCAUAUAACUAAACAUUGCCUUGAUACCAUAGAAGAUAAAGCUCUGUAUACGUUGUGAAAGCACUUGGACUGUUUUUGUAAGCUGUAUCUGAUGUUAGUGAAUUACUUUUCAAGUUGUUCCCCAACUUUUUAGAAACAUGAUUUAGUGGGUCCUAUUUCAGUAUUUCACCGCAGAGGUCACAUGUGGUCAUGUGCUCCACAACUUCUUUUCUAAAGAAGUUCCAGAAAGCCUUAAACAGACCUGAAGAAACCAGUUAGCCUCAAUUUUGACUGUACCUGUCAUUGAAGUCUUCAAGAAGCUAACUCCUUCUAUCCAGUCAAAAGUUAGUACCAUGUGAAGGUUAUGGCUUCCACAGAACAACCCAACUAUAUUUUUAACAUAACCAAAACCUUCUCAUAAGGUUGCAUUGGCGGAGGUGAAGUUUACAUGCAUUAAAAAAGACUCAAUAGAUCUACACCAGCCCGUAAUAGGUUGUGUUACUUGAAGUCUAGAGGCUUACGUACAUCAAAUAUGAUGGUUUUGUACAAGUAACAAAAGAAGCAGGAUACCACAUCAAAAUGUGACACAGUAGUGUAUUAUCAAGAAAGCUGGCUGUGUCCCUAAGGAUUGCUAACUCUGGAGUUCAAACGCUUCUUCCAACAGAAACUUGCUUCAGUAAUGCACAAGCCUUGAAAGUCAGAGGGAUGGUACUGUUUACAAAUCUUAUCAAUAGUUUACUACCACUUUGAACUUUUUAUUGUAGCUUAACCCUUCCCAGUUACUGUUUUGCUUGGGUUUUGAAGGUGCCUUGAGGGAUAGGGGAGGUACAGGGAUAUUAAAAUAUUUACUAAACAACUUAAGCUUUAAAACUAGGUAAACAUCUAAACUGCUACCAGUAUAACUUAUUAAGAGAAGCACUUUAUUGUAGACAUAUUCUGCACUCUGAAAAGGAAUUACUGUGCAACAAAUCUGUCUUUUGAUGUUGAACACUUACUCCUUCGCUAUCUGUCCACUGUUACAUUAAGGUCAAUGUACUGUAUUUAAAUUUGCACAAAUAGCCAUCUGCCUGCCAGACAGAAAAGAUGAAAUAUCUCUUAAAAUUUUCAUUGAGAAUUAUGAAAGAAUCCAUUUUUCAAGUAAUGUGCUAGGUGACACAUUUCGAAUUCAGGCUUGGAUCUGCUGUAUUUUUAACUGCAAAAUGCAUGUGACCUGUAUUUUGUUACAAUUAAUUGUAUAGUUAAUCAGUAAGGUUUAGAUUAAAUACAAAUAAAAAUUGCAUGGCCAUCUUAGAAAGCUUUAAAUUCUUCCAAAAUUGAUGUUUGACAUUCUUUUAUUGAACUAUAAGUAAGCCUUAUUUGUUUUCCAUAAAUCCAGAGUAGUUAUUAAACUCUUAUUUGUUAAGGAAAUUAUUUCUUAAAGAAAUUUCUUAAGGAAAUUUCAGAGUUUGAAGCUUGAGUAGUGUUACUAAGUAUGAAUGAAUUGUUUCUCAGUUACGGUACUUCAACACUUAUUUCCUACUGGAAACCAUAAUCUCUAAGCAUUUUAAUGGGUAAAAAGAAUUAAUGCAAAGACUCUAUUUUAGCUGCUGUUAAUAGAAAUGUGGUAUUAUCUAUCCAUUUCUUCACAGGAAUUUUAAACAGAAAACAAAUAACUAUUAGUAUAGUAUCUGUCAGAGCAUGAGUUUCCUUUUAUAUACCUGUUUUGUACAAAAAAUAUCCUACUGCAAGCCAAAAGAUGCAUGAAAUUUGAAUUAUGUUGCUUUCAGUACUCCUAGACACUGCUACACUUUUUGACAAAUCUGUUAAAACCAGGAGUAGUUAGAUGGUAGUUUACUUAAGUUUACUAGGAAAAAUAGGCAUAGUAAGAAGAAAUGUAAAGAAGUGUUGUACAGCUACUUACGUAGUUCUUAAGGAAAUUUCCAUAGCCUAGAUUUGUAUUCUGUGUUAAAAUACACAAGUAACUGCCAUAGAUUAGGUAUUUUGUUUACUAGAAACUGCUACUUCUUGCCUGAGAAGAUCUUUUAAGUAAGAACGAAGUUUACAUGGAAAUCAAGCUUUAAAUAAAGCUGUGUUGUACCAUUUUAUUGUUCACACUUCAAGCUAAAACUCUUUAUGUAGUGAUUCUGUAAUUGUGCAUAUUUUAAGUGGAAUGUAACCUUCAUACUUGGAUGUAUUUUCUUUUUUUUUGUAAACUGUGUUGUAAGAACACUUUUGUGAACUGUUUGGGAUAUGUUUCUAAACUGUAUUUAAUGUAAAUGUCUCAGAUGCAAUAAACUCAUGUUGCAAGGAAAA